AUGUCCGUCAGCCAUCGUAGGCAGAGCGAUGAUGACUCCGAUUUGCUCGAUGAAGACGACCAUGAAAUGGUCGAAACGGAUGUGUUCGAGCCAGCUGAGGCUUCCAAUGGCUCGCGCAAGAAGAAAUCGACUUUAAAAUCUGCGCAAUCCUCAGCUGGAAGCGAUCCAGAGAACGACGACGAAGAUUACGAUGACGUCGAUGCAAUGAGUUCUGGAGACGAAUCCGACUUCAAUCCCGAGACAGAAGCGGCACUGCUCAAGGAUUCCGAGCGUGACCUUAUCCAGGAGUUCAAACAGAUGGAGAAGCGAACCGAUCAUCGCAAAGACCUGAAGCAGGUGUGGAACAUGAUUGCAUCCCCGGAUUUCUCUGCCGUCGAGCCGAAUAUCGAUUUCGGCAAAGAUCCCUUUCUCGGCUUGUCUCCCCAAGAUCCUGCCCACACUGCAAUGUGGAACGAAGCAGAAGGUGACCUUGCCGCUUGGCGACUUCCUGCUCCCCUCUCCGGCCCUGCACCCAGGUCAGCACCUGAAGAAGAUUUGGAUUUGGACGCCGUCCCGAGCAACACAUCCCCUCGCCUGUCGAAGAAGGUUCGCUUCAGGAGACUUUCGAGUGUGACAAGCGAUGAAGACCCUUCGGAGGCGUUCCCCGAUUUAAUGGAUAGUGUUACACCAGUGGCCAGGUAUCCGCCCACUAGUCUCUUCAGCGCAACUGCAGCCGAAGCCAUCGAGUUCGACAGCUCUGAUGAAUCUGGUGACGAAUACGACUAUUCGAUGGGUUUUGCCAAUACCUUGCAGACAGAAGAAUCGUUCAUCGAGAACAGUGAUGGAGAGAGUGAAUCUAGUGAUUCAGAGUCCGAUGGAGACACCACGGACGAAGAACUGGACGGAGACGAAGAAGAGAGAGAGGAGUACAACCGCGCCGUUCAGGAGCAUAUUCGCGCGGCUCGAGCGAAGCUCAACAGCAAUAGCAUCGUGAGCGCCACGCCCAGCACGCCGGCUCCCGCAAAGCACAUGCAGGCAUCCCGCGAGACCUCUACUUCCACCGAGACACCAAUCGCACCGAACGGCACACAGCCCAAAACCCGAGUGUUCCAGCGGGAUCCGUCGCGUGCCGCAUUGUCUCUAACAAAGGAUGGCGUUAAGCUCCAGUCGCCCCUAAAUCCCCCAGAGAAGGAUCGGGCGUACUGGGAACGAGCUCGUCGUGCCAUGGGCAAAGUGACUGGUAGUCCGAAUGCAAGUGUGUCGUGGAAGAGAUCCGAAUCUCGUGCUGCGAAGAUGCCAGAAAAGCCCCAUACUUGCAACGAGACUCUAGGCAACACGUUCAACGGCAACUUACCUAUGCCCGAACCGAUGAUUGAUACCGCGCUACUUUUGAACGCGACCACCGUGCCUGAUGUUUUUAUGGAUGAAGAUGUUCAAGACAUAUCAUCGAUUGCAGAAGAUGAAUCCGACGAGGAUGAUUAUCAAGCGCAGCAGGCUUUCAACAUGAAUGAAUUGAUCGACUUUGAUCAAUGCAGCAGUUCUGAAGCUGAGGAUGCACGACCCAAGUCCGCGGGUGUUUUCUCGCAGACUACCGAGGACCCGGCACCAUCUUCGCCUUUUGCUUUCCCUAACUCCAUGGAGGACUCAUUCAUGUUCGAUCCCGAAACUGAACCCGAAAGCAAUACUUUGUCGCAUCUUAGUUACCAGCCAAAUCUGGUAUCAUCCUUCCGAAUUAACCAGGAUCGCGCUCGCGCAGUUUGUGCAAUGGCGAUUAAUCCGAUUCGUCGUGCCGAGACGUCUGAGCAUAAUGCCAUCCAGCGGAAUCGUCGUGGAGCAGAGAAUUUACCUUUCUCUCCUGCCAGACGCCGACGCAUCAGUACCGAUCUCUUCGGCGCGGGGGUUUCAAAGAGUCCUCGCGUACAUCGUCGAAGCCGUGGCACGUCGCUUAGCCACAAUGCUCUCACUGCCGCCGAGUUGCAGAAGGCCAUGGCCAAUAUUCCGCCUCCAGUCACACCGAGCCGAAGUAACUCUAACUGA